UGUCAUAAAUAGUUCGCGUUAAUAGAGGGGUGGUGGAUGCAUGUUUAGCAAUGCGAUGAGGCCAGUGCACUUUGCAAGACUUGCGCUGCAGAGAGCCUCCGCGGAUCCCACGACCUGUUGCUGACAAGCCGCGGAGAAGGAGAGGGAGAGGGGGAGCCGCAAGGGAGAGACGGAGGGUACUGCCUUGGAGACGACAGCCGGGGUUUCUUUGCGGAGGAAAUCAUGCAGUUUGCUAUUUGGCUGGUUGGACUAAUGUGUCAUCUGUCAGCACUUGUCCGGGACACUUUGCAACACCGAUUGCAUCCGAAACAAGAAGGCUUCAUCAAGCAGCUGUCAUCGUAUGAAAUCAUCACCCCGGUCCGUGUGAAUGACUUUGGAGAAUCCUUCCCGCACAAAAUGCACUACAGGAGGAGACGGAGAAGUUUGAAUGAUGACCUGUCGGGCUUACGGGUUCACUACAGGAUUGAUGCAUUCGGGGAACGCUUUCAUCUCAAUCUGAGCGCACACUCUGGAUUCAUUGCCCCCUCUUACAGAGUGACACACUUGGGAGCGGAGCAGAGCAACGCCACGGACUCCCACUUUCGUGACCCGAGCGAUAUGCGCCACUGCUUUUUCCGCGGACAAGUCAACGCCAAAAGCGAGUACCCUGCAGUCUUCAGCCUGUGCACUGGCCUUAUUGGAACUUUUACGACUCAACAUGGUGAAUACUUCUUGGAGCCUCUUUUAAAUGCUGCAGGAGAGGAAUACGACGAAGAGCACAACAAACCUCAUCUUGUCUAUCGACACGAGAGGAAUAAGAACAUCACAAACACCGAGAACAACCCAAAGCCCUGUGCUGCCUCAGAACAAGCCAAGAGGGCAGUUGCUUUUGAGAGCAGAGGUAAUAUGGAGGAGGUGCUGGAUUCUCUCAGAGCCACGAUAGAGGGUGAGCACAUUCAUGACAACAACUCCACCAGCACACAUCCCGGAACCCUACGCAGACGCAAGCGUUUCCUCUCCUACCCUCGCUACGUCGAGCUGAUGGUGACAGCGGAUGCCAAAAUGGUCCGUCACCAUGGACGCAACCUGGAGCACUACGUCCUAACAAUCAUGUCAGUAGUAGCAGCGGUGUACAGGGACCCCAGUGUAGGAAACCUCAUCAACAUCAUGAUUGUCAAGCUGGUCGUCAUCCACAAUGAACAGGAAGGGCCCACAGUGAGCUUCAACGCUGCCACGACUCUCCACAACUUCUGCGUCUGGCAGCAGGGCCAAAACGUCCAGGACGACAGCCACCCCUCUCACCACGACACUGCGCUCCUCAUCACUAGGGAAGACAUCUGCCGUGCGAAAGAUAAAUGUGACACUUUAGGGCUGGCCGAGCUGGGCACCAUGUGCGACCAGUACCGCAGCUGCUCCAUCAGUGAGGAAAAUGGAAUCAGUGCCUCCUUCACCAUUGCUCAUGAGCUGGGCCAUGUGUUUAACAUGCCUCACGAUGACAAUCCAAAGUGUCGGGAGGCCGGCAUGAAGCACCAGUAUCACGUCAUGGCUCCCACCCUCAACUACGACACCAAUCCCUGGUCGUGGUCCAAGUGCAGCCGCAAGUACAUCACAGAGUUCCUAGAUACGGGCUAUGGCGAGUGCCUCCUCGAUGAGCCUGUCAGUAGGACCUAUGAGCUGCCUACUCUCCUCCCGGGUCAAAUCUACAAUGCCAACAGACAGUGUGAACUGAUGUUUGGACCCGGUUCUCAAAUUUGCCCUUACAUGAAACAGUGCAAGAGGCUGUGGUGUACAAGUGCAGAGGGGGACCAUAAAGGAUGUCGCACGCAGCACAUGCCACUGGCUGACGGGACCGACUGUGGACGCGGAAUGUACUGCAGACACGGGAUGUGUGUAAACAAGGAGCUAGACCUGCAGCCGGUCCACGGGGAGUGGGGUCCAUGGGGGCCGUACAGCGUUUGCUCCAGGUCUUGUGGCGGCGGAACCCGGAGCACACACAGAGACUGCAACAAGCCUGAGCCCAGAAACGGAGGGAAGUUCUGCGUGGGUCGCAGGAUGAAGUUCCGCUCCUGCAACACUGAGCCGUGUCCGCGAGGACAGAAAGAUUUCCGCGAGGAGCAGUGUUCUCAGUUUGACGGCAAGCACUUCAACAUCAACGGUCUACCUCCCACCGUCCGCUGGGUCCCCAAGUACAGCGGCAUACUAAUGAAGGAUCGCUGUAAGCUCUUCUGCCGGGUUGCUGAGACUACGGCGUACUAUCAGCUGAAGGACCGAGUCAUUGACGGCACGCCAUGUGGGACAGACACUUAUGACAUCUGCGUUCAAGGCCUCUGCAGGCAAGCAGGCUGCGAUCACGUUCUCAACUCCAAGGCCCGGAACGACAAGUGCGGGGUGUGUGGCGGGGACAACUCGUCGUGUAAAACCCUGGCAGGGACCUUUAAUGAUGCUCAGUACGGUUACAACACGGUGGUGCGGAUCCCAGCUGGAGCCACGAAUAUUGAUAUCAAACAGGUCAGCUACUCCGGAAAGCCAGAAGACGACAACUACCUCGCAUUAUCUGACAGCCAGUCCAAUACCCUCCUGAAUGGGAACUUUGUGGUGGCCAUGUUCAAAAGGGAAAUCACCUUCAAGGGAACCGUCAUCGACUACAGCGGCUCAGACACAAAAGUGGAGCGUAUAAACUGCACCGAGCGAAUAGAGGAGGAGCUCGUUCUGCAGGUCUUGUGUGUGGGAAACCUCUACAACCCAGAUGUCCGUUACUCCUUCAACAUACCCAUCGAGGAACACAGGGAGCAGUUUGUGUGGGAUCCCUCAGGCUCCUGGCUCGAGUGCAACCGCAACUGUCAGGGUGAGCGCAGGCGAAAGGCAGUAUGCGUGCGCAAGAGUGAUCACCUCGAGGUAUCAGACCAACGCUGUGAACAUUUACCUCGUCCUGUUGCUGUUACUGAGCCCUGCAACACAGAUUGUGAAGUCAGGUGGCACGUUGCCGGGAAGAGCGAGUGUUCGGCUAAAUGUGGCCCCGGCUACCGCAGCCUGGAUGUUCAGUGUAUGAAGUACAGCAGAGUGAAGAGGCAGAGUGAGAGGAUCGAGGCCAGCGCCUGUGGAGAGGUCGUCAAACCUCAGACCAGAGAGCCCUGCCAUGGAGACUGUCUACUGAAGAGCUGGCAGUACAGUGCCUGGUCUCAGUGCUCUAAAACAUGUGGACGUGGGAGCCGCAGCAGAGAGUCGUACUGUAUGAACAACCUGGGCAGACGGCUGGUGGACAGAGAGUGCAACGAACACCAGAGGGUUGUCACGGAAACCUGCAAUGACCAGCCGUGUCCCAAGUGGACUGUUAGCGAGUGGAGUGAGUGCCUGGUGACUUGUGGGAAGGGGAUGAGGCACAGACAAGUGUCUUGCAGUGUGGGAGCCGGGGAGGAGAAGCUGAGCGAGCACUUCUGCGACCCGUCCAGCAAACCUGCAGCUGUGGGGAGCUGCGAGCUGCCAGAUUGUGCAUCCUGGCAGGUCGGCGUCUGGGGAGCGUGUGCGGUGACCUGUGGCCAUGGCUACCAGAUGAGGGCUGUUAGGUGCGUGUCAGGGGACUAUGGCGACACAGUAGACGACAGAGAGUGCAACGCUGCAGCCAGACCCAGAGACAGCCAGGAUUGUGAGAUGCCUGCGUGUCCUUGGGCCUCUCCAGUACAGAGCACACCCCGCCCUGACAACUCUGCUCAGCUCCUGACUCAGUGGAGAUAUGGUUCCUGGACUGCGUGCUCGGUGUCCUGCGGGAAGGGGAAGCGAGCGCGUUAUGUCAGCUGCAGAGAUGCCCAGGGAGGCGUGGCUGACGAAUCAUACUGCGCCCAUCUGCCCCGCCCCCCAGAGACCUCCCCCUGCUUCAGCCCCUGUGGCCAAUGGCGUGCCGGGGAGUGGUCUCCUUGUUCGGUGACUUGUGGCGUGGGGAGAGCCACCAGGCAGGUGGUCUGCUCCAACUACCAUCAGCCAGUGGACCAGGCUUUCUGUGACCCAGAUGAGAAGCCUGCUACAGACCAAGAGUGUACCUCUGCACCCUGCUCCUCUGUCUACCACCGCCAGCGAAUCAAUGACCAGCCCUACGGAUAUCCCAAGGACCCCGGGCGCCACCCUGGACACAGUAGCUGGAACGUGCCCUCAGCAGACAACCAGUGGAGGACGGGACCCUGGGGCGCAUGUUCCAGUACCUGUGCAGGAGGCUUCCAGAGACGAGUGGUGGUCUGUCAGGACGCUGAUGGACGCAGCAACAGCUACUGUGACGAGAGGGUCAAACCUGCCGAGUCAAAGGGCUGUGACUCUGGACCCUGCCCUCUGUGGAACUAUGGUGUCUGGGGAGAGUGUACCCUGACCUGCGGUGGAGGGAGGAAGACUCGCCUGGUGGUUUGUCAAAGACCAAACGGCCAGCGGCUCAACGACUACAACUGUGACAUCCUGGACAAGCCGCCCGACAUGGAGCAAUGCAACCUGCAGCCGUGCCCGGGCUCUGCCUCGUGGCACCGCCGACCCUGGAAGCCGGUACGAUAGUACUCACUUGUUUUUCCUCCGAUACUUACCUUCCUCACUGAGGACCUGUCACUGUGAGUAGACAUGGUGUGUGCUAAAAAUGACUUCAGACCUGUGCACUGAGUGUGUUUUUUUUAGCCUAAAACUGCCGGAGAUUCCAGAGUGAACGCUGGGUGUCUUGAGCCACUCUUGGCUAGCCAGCUCGAGCCCACCCAGAUGGGCCCCGCAGUGGGCAUGGUGCUGAUUAGAAUCAAGAAGAAAAAAAAAAGACAAAAAUAUACAAAAACACAAUGCUGCUCCACUUAGGGAAACAUUAAAAACACAUGGCUCCCAUUUUGAGCCAAGGCUCCAAACAAAACCUAUAAAUCAGGACAGAGUUGUCCAACCAUGCCAUAUAUCUUUAGAGAACAUAACUCUGGAAAUAUUUAUUUCAUCUAUGAGGCGUGAAGUAAAUGUUCUUUGUUGUUAUUGCUGUCUUCACCCUGUAUCCCCAGUACACAAGUGUAUAUUUGUGUAUAAGAGUUAAUAUUAUGACUUUAAUUGAACAGCCACAAAUGGCUGUCAGUGUAUGUUGUAUAUGUAUCUUGUACAGUUUGUUUUUUCAUGUAGCGUUUUUCUGAAUAUGAUAUUUAAUAUUUCCGCUGGUGCUCUCAGUCAGACCUCUCAUAUCUCUCUAUGAGUAAAUACAGUUUGUACAGAGGAAAAUAUUUUCAAACCAUGUUUCACUCACUUAACUAAAGUUGAAAUGAAAUUAAUGGCUUCAUCUGUUUUAGGACUGACUUCUUUCAAAAUAUCUAAAUUGUCACAUUAGAAUAGAAAAUUAUAACAACUGAUACAAAAUAAUCUUUAAAAUAAUAUCCAAAAAGUACAUUUGAAAAAAAAGUCCUUGUGGCAAGAAAGGCAUUAUAGGAAAGUGUUUUCUUAAAAUAUUCAUUAUUAUAAGUUACAUGAAAUAUAUUGUCCAGUAAACAAUUGAGUAUAUAUCUCAAAAGUAGCGAGCAUAAUGCUUAUAAACUACACUGUAAUAGCCGUUGGUACAUAUUCCUUCACCUGGUUCCUCAUUUACACACAACAUCAAUCCACUGGGCGCAAGCAGCUGUUUUUGUGUUUUGUUUUUUUGGUAAGUAAAACACAUGAACAAAAGAAAAAGCGACUCUAACAUGCAGUUUAGAGUGAAGUUCACAUAUAAGAUGAGGUGCUAUUCAGUUCUAUAAUGGUGCAUUGUCGGUAUCAUGAAGAUAAACACCAUAGCGUGUAUAUCAUAUAUUCAGGCUUAGAAAGAGUUUAUUUAUGCUGUUAAUGGUAGGCCGCAUCAUUGCAGCUUAUCGACCACAGACACAAAACGGUCAGUUCUAUUAGUCACAGUUUGUCCACAAAAACAACUUAAGCACACAGAUACCUCCGCUUUAUAAAGUUAUAAUCCUUUGUCGCUGUGUCUCUUUAUUCCUUUGGCCAGUUUUUGUAUUUCUGAAGGAUUUUUUUUUUUUUUUUUUCAAAUGAAACGUAUUUAUUUGUUUACAAUAGAUUAUUACAUGGUGCAGCUUUAAUGACUUGUUCCAGUUCAGGUUGAUGUAACACUUUACUUGAAUUAUUUGUCAUUAUGCACACAUUUCACCUGAACACAACUGGUUCACAAGAAAUGAGUCAAAAAUAAAUUUCAUACAUUUUUAGAGCAUAGACUCUGUUUUUUCUCCAUAUAGUUCUUUGAAGGUCACAUAUUAUGCAAAAUACACUUUACCAUGGUUUCUAACACUCAUAUUUGUCCCUAGUUUGUCUACAGACCGCCCAAUUACGAGAAAAGAUAAUCCUCUCCAUCUUUUACCUGCUCCACUUUUCAGAAAAUGUGUGCUCAAACAGGCCGUUUGGAGAUGUUCACUUUGUGACUUCACAAAGGGAAAUAACCCCUCCCCCAGGUGGGUGACACUCCCACAGCUAGGUGUUUGUUCUGCCCUCCGUGUCUGCCUUUUCCCUAUAAACAAUAUGGCAUUGUGCAAGAAAGCCCAAACUAUCCACUUUUUGAGAGGGGCGUGGUCAAACACAGCUCAUUUGCAUUUAAAACUGCAGACACAGAAACAACCUGUUCUGAGCAGGGCUGAAAUAGAGGGGUUUAUAGGCAUGAUAAAAAAUACAGGAUCAGUGUAUUUAUAACAAGGAACUUCAGAGACGUGUUUUGGGGAGCUCUGAGACUCAUUUAAACUGGUUGAAAAAGGGGGAUAAUAUGUGACCUUUAAAACAUUAAGCUGUUGGCAUAGACAUGCAGGUAGAAACUGUAAAUUAUAGACAGGUUACAGCUUCAUAUUCAUCUGACUCUUUUAGAUACAUCCACGUACAAAGAGUUGCUAACAUUCGCUAAAAUUGUUGAUUUUGCGGAUUUGAAGGCCACCUUGCUGCAGUGAUGUAAAUGUGUACACAGGAUGUCAGUAAACGGUGACAUCACAGAAAGGCGUGGUUACAGGUGAAAAUAGGCUUAACACCCAAACUGAAGGUGUGCAAAAGAACUAUAGUCUUUACAUGAAGAGGGGACCUGGAAAUACUGUGGUUUAUACGAGUAUUCAUCGAGAUACUCUCUUAGGUUAGUACAUAGUUUGAGAACUCUUUUACAACUCAGAAAUAAGAGCUCUCCCUCAGUGCUGGAUCCACAGUCGUUUUUCCAUAUACAGUCUGAGUAUGUGUCGAGUCAGGCACUCCCCUCACACUUUGCAGCUUUGCAAACUUCUGGCUCCUGCAACCAAUUUGUAACCAGUUUAAAAUGUGAAAUGUAAGCAACAGGCUGAUUUAUAUUUGGGUUAAGGCAACAUCAAGUGAUGAUGACACAUAUGUCAGGUGAAGUGUUGCAGUUGGGUCUUUAUUUAUGUCGGGGUUCCUCUGUGUGAGGCAGUCUGCAGUUUCCUUCUUUGUUUCUUUGCUCUUUUUGCUGAUUGUCAUUCUCAACCAAGACUUCCACUGCAACACAACUCCUCAGCCAUGACAGUUUUAUUCCCACUCCUCCAUAUUUUUUUUUUAAAUCCAGUGGUGCAAAGUUGCCAAACUCAAGGGAGCAACUCUACUUUAUUUUGCAUAUUUUGGUUCGUUGUUGUUCUUUUUGCUAUUUAUUUCAUCCAUAUGCAAAAAAAUACAUAAAUGUGUUGAAUUAGCAUUUUUUUUCCCCAUUGUAAAUAUUAUUAAAGACAAAUAACUGUGA